UGUUUAGGGCAAAUCUGUCAUCGACCCUAGCGUCGUGCCUCCUUGUGACUCCUGCAAGCUUUAUAAUUCUCAGUCCUGACAACCACGUGGACAUGGACGGUUCAAUCGAGUCCCAACUAAACACCAGUUAUGGAACAAAGCAAACCAAAAUUAUGUCUGACAAGGACUGGAUACGGAAAUGGGAAAAAAAGGAGAUUGGAUUUCAUGAAGAGAAAGUACAUAAAUUACUUGCGGAGUUUUUGGAGACCAUGCUGCAUAACAGAAAACAAAUUACCAUCUUUUUCCCUCUUUGUGGGAAAGCAGUCGAUAUGAAAUGGUUAGCUGAUAUGGGACAUAACAUUGUUGGAGUUGAUGUCUGUGAAAUGGGUUUAAAGGAUUUCUUUAAAGAAAAUAAUGUUACUUAUCUCGAAGAAGCUGUCCCUGCAAUUCCCGGAGCUAAAGUGUUUAAGAGUACCUCUGGUAACAUCUCACUGUACUGCUGCAGUAUCUUUGAUAUAAAUGACUCAAUUAUUGGCAAGUGUGAUGGAAUAUGGGAUCGAGGAGCUAUGGUAGCUGUGAAUCCUACUGACAGAGAACGGUAUGCUAGUGUGAUACUAUCAUUAAUGGAUAAAGAUUGUCGUUACCUCCUGGAUACAUUUGAAUAUGACCCCAAGUUGCAUCCAGGGCCACCAUUUUACAUACCGGAUGCAGAAUUAGAAAAAUUGCUUGGUUCGCAGUGCAAUGUUAAGUGUUUGAAGAUAACUGAUUCCCUUACUGACAAGCAAAGAGCUUGGGGACUCGAUUCUUUUGAUGAGAAAAUAUUUUUAGUCACUUCAAAACUUUCCUAAAAGCUCUGCUGAGUGAAGCAAAUCUCUAGGAAAAUAUACUGUUUUAAAAUAAAACUUUUCCCUUGGACCACCUACUUUGUCCUCUUCUUACAAUCACAAAGCUCCCUAUAUCUUUUUAUUUCCUCAGCACCUGUGUUUUCCAGUUUUGUACAAUGAUAUUUUAGUAUUUAGUACUUGUAUUACUUUAGUUUUCCCAAAAAUGUAUUUAUUCUUAAAAUAAAAAGCAAAAACAUUAGGCUA